AUGACGACUCAAACCGGCCUUGAUUACAUGCGCUCGCGCACAAUGGUGGACUGUGACACCUUGGAUGAGGAAGUUGCCAGAACGCUGGGUCCUUUUCAAGACUGCACAUCUAACCAGGCCAUUGCAUUUGUCGAGCUCUCUAAGCCUUCACGGACUGAGGUCGUCUCAGCAUCCAAGGCUGAUGCAAAGUCUCUGCAUAACAAGUACCCUUCUCUUAGUGUUGAUGAGUUGGCUGUGGAGAUUGCGAUGGUGCGCCUUGCUAUUGGAAUGGCCAAACAUAUUCGUGGGCUUGUUCAUGUACAGACCAACCCGUACUACUCAUUCUCAUCAGAGAAAACUGUCGUGAACGCUCUCCGAAUCGUGCAGCUGUUUCAGCAUGUCCAACCGGGCUUCGAUGUAGCCCGCAUUGCCAUUAAGAUCCCAGGUACUUGGGAAGGCAUGAUGGCCUGUCGUACGCUUGAGCUGGCCGGUGUUCGUACCCUUGCCACCACUCUUUUUUCCAUGCCGCAGGCCGUACUUGCUGCUGAAGUGGGCUGUACGUAUGUGGCCCCGUAUGUAAACGAGCUUAAGGUCCAGGUAAAUCCAGGAAUUGUGGACGAUCAGAAACUUCUACCUCUUUGUGUCGCCAUUCAGCAAUACUACAAGUCUGUCCAGGCUUCGACCAAAGUUUUACCGGCAAGCUUGACAUCUACUGAGGAGAUCUUUAUGCUUGCCGGAGUGGACCAUCUUACGAUUGCACCCCAUCUGCUGGUCAAACUGACGCAAUCUAUGUUCACUGAUGUCAAAUCCUUGUUUGAUUCCGCAGCGCUCGAACCUGUUCCACCUGUAGGAACCUCGUAUGCUCACGACCAUGGCCAAUACCAGAUUACAUUUGCUCGUGAUAGAGCUGGCGCUAGUCAAAGGAAGUUAACCGAGGCUGUCAACAUCUUCUGUGACUUCCAGGAUCAGCUGGAGAGCAUGAUGAAGACUGUCGCUUAA